CCAAGUGGAUUGGGUCACGGGCUGGCGAAAAGCUUUGGCGAUACUGCCGGAGAUGGAUUGGGCAGAAUCUGUAGGACAGACUGUGUUGAAUCGAGCUUCGGCAUGGCCCAAUGCGUUCAAGUUGCGAGGUGGGAUGAUCGUGACAAUGGAAAUUCGUACCGUUGCCGCUGGACUAAAGAAGCCUCGUCGGGAUGCCCCUCCUUGCCUGCAUAGCGGGGCAAACUUCCGCUGCGAACUGUGGACCCAAGGCCAGCUGACUGGGUUUUUGGUGUAUACCUUUCGAAGCUAUAUCUGAGAUCUUGUUUCUUUGUCUUUGCUUGUCUAUAGCUUUUGAAGACAUUUCCGUUGUCUGAGAGAUAACAAUGUCUUCGUCAGAAAGCGACAAUGAUGCUCUGGAGCCAAUUGCCAUCGUGGGCAUGGCCAUGCGCUUCCCUGGUGGUUCACACUCAAGUGAGAAGUUCUGGGAGAUGCUGAGUAAGGGAAAGUCAGCACAUCAGAAAAUUCCUAAAGAGAGGUUUGAUUGUGAAGGUUACUAUCACCCAGACUCGGCAAGAGCCGGCGCAAUCAACGUCAAAGGUGGUUACUUCUUAUCUGAAGAUCCAGUAUUAUUUGAUGCACCAUUCUUCUCAAUGACAGCUCUUGAAGCAACUAGCACAGAUCCACAACAGCGUUUGAUGCUAGAAGUCGCAUAUGAGGCUUUGGAAAAUGCUGGAAUUCCGAUGCAGAAUGUUGUUGGCACUCAAACGAGCGUGUACGUUGGAUGCUUCACCAAUGACUUCGAGAGUGUGGGGGGCCGAGAUCCAUUCGGCGGCCCUUUCUAUGCGGCAACAGGCUAUGGCUCGAGCAUGCUGUCCAACCGAGUCUCGUGGUUCUUCGAUCUGCGAGGACCAAGCAUGACAAUCGAUACUGCAUGCUCGUCCUCUCUGUGCGCUGUACACCUUGCAUGCCAAUCACUUCGGUUGGGAGAGUCGAAGAUGUCCCUUAUCGGAGGCACAAAUCUGAUAUAUGACCCAUCCUAUAUGCGAGACAUGUGUGGAAUGACGUUUCUCAGUCCAGAUGGAGUGUGCCACAGUUUCGAUCAUCGUGCAAAUGGGUAUGCAAGAGGAGAUGGAAUUGGCGGGAUGAUUCUUAAAACGUUGAAGCAAGCACUUGCAGAUGGAGAUACGAUUCGAGCAAUCAUUCGAAAUUCCGGACUCGGACAGGAUGGAAGGACUCCUGGCAUCACUAUGCCUUCCCCUCAAGCUCACGCAGAUCUAAUACGAAAUACAUAUACUGCAGCUGGCCUGCCACUUGACCAAACUGCAUAUUUUGAGGCUCACGGGACGGGUACUUCCAUAGGAGACCCCUAUGAAUUAUCAGCAAUUGGAGCAACGUUCGGUAAAACACGCGAUGAAGACAACCCGAUCUAUGUGGGGAGCGUGAAGACCAACAUUGGUCAUCUUGAAGGAUGCGCUGGGUUGGCAGGACUUAUCAAAGCGACAUUAGUGGUAGAACGAGGACAGAUACCAGCACUUGCAGACUUCGAAAAAGCGAAUCCUCGCCUACGACUGAAAGAAUGGAAGAUCGCCCUACCAGAAACAUUGACACCAUGGCCUAGCAACGGUAUCCGACGUGUCUCUGUCAAUUCCUUUGGCUACGGUGGCGCGAAUGCACAUGUAAUCGUUGAUGAUGCGUACCAUUACAUGCAGCAAUAUGGUUUGAAUGGGCAUCAUCAGACAACGCUUUUCGUCAGUGACUCGGAAAGUGAUAGCGGAUUCAGCUCGGAAGAUACUUUAUCUAGCGAGCAAAAUGAGACUACCCAUCUUUCGAACAGAUUGUUCGUUUUCUCGUCGGCAGAUCAAUCUGGACUCUCUCGACAGUUCAAUGGAUAUGCAGAAACUAUUAAUAUCAUGCUAGAAGCAGACAGAACCAUUGACUCAUCGCUCAGCAUCAAUUGGUCAACCUUCACUGACAACCUUGCAUACACUCUUGGAUCUCGAAGAUCUGCUCUCGACCACCGAACGUUCGUCGUGGGUAGAUCAGCUAGUGAGCUCAGUGCCCAGCUCCAGAAGCCGCUUACUGCUCUUCGAAGAGCAGCAAAGAGUAACAACGUCUUCUUUAUGUUUACGGGGCAAGGAUCUCAAUGGCCUACUAUGGGACGAGAACUCAUUGGUCAUUCGGUAUAUAGACGAAGUCUGGAGGCAUCUCAAACAACCUUGGACUCUCUCGGAUGCAAAUGGAAGAUACUGGAAGAACUCUUCAUGCCCGCGGAGGGGAGUCGAAUAGAUUCUCCAGACUUGAGCCAACCUCUCUGCACGGCACUGCAGAUCGCUCUUGUUGACCUUCUGAAAGCAUGGGGAAUACAACCCAAGUCUGUGGUUGGCCAUUCCAGUGGUGAAAUAGCCGCUGCGUACACUGCAGGAGCAAUCAAUCAGAGCGAUGCCAUCAAAGUUGCUUACCUGAGAGGAGUCUAUUCUGCAGACGUCAAUUGCCGCCUAAAUGGCCUUUCCGGAGCAAUGAUGGCGGUCGGUCUCUCAGAAGAAGCUGUGACUCCUUAUCUGGCCAGCGUCCCCGAGAACACUGUUGUUGUAGCAUGCAUAAAUGCUCCCAGUAGUGUUACAUUGUCAGGAAAUGAGUCUUCAAUCGACCAGCUUCUAGAAAGACUCAGUCGAGAUGGAGUUUUCAGUCGCAAAUUACGUGUCAGCACUGCCUAUCACUCACAUCAUAUGAAGGUAAUUGCAGAAGAUUAUCUCGCCGCUAUGGGAACUCUUGACCCAGCAUCAAAUCAAAAUGAGUUCGCCGUCACGAUGUUUUCGUCAGUGACUGCAGCUCCCAUCAAACCUCAAGAGCUCAAUGCGUCUUACUGGGUGAAGAACAUGAUUAGCAAAGUUCGCUUCUCAGAAGCAGUUAAAGCACUGGUUACUCAGAGCGCACCUGGAAAGACAAGAAGAAAAGUCCCAAUUCCUUACGCAGCAGCAAUUGAGAUUGGCCCAGCGGCAGCUUUGCAAGGGCCGCUCAUGCAAGUUUUAUCCGCUCACGACGAUCGACUGACUGGCUCAAUUAUGUACACCUCAAUGCUAGCAAGAGGAACAAGCGCAGAAGUUACGGCGUUGAUCGCCGCAGGAAGAUUAUGGGCACAAGGGCUGAAUAUUGAUCUUCACGCUGUUAAUUUCGACACGAAAUCGAAGAGCAAUUAUCAAGCUCUUGGAAGCCUACCGCCUUACGCAUGGAAUCAUACUAAAGGAUUCUGGCAUAGCUCAGCUUGGGGAAAGACAUAUCGAUAUCUUCGAAAACCACGGACAGAUCUUCUCGGACUGCGGCUUCAAAAUCAAGACAAGAACGAACCUCGUUGGCACAACUUCCUUCGUCUCUCCGAACAACCUUGGAUUGCAGAUCAUCGAGUGCAACAGAUGAUACUCUAUCCUGGAGCCGCGAUGAUAACAAUGGCAAUCCAAGCAGCACAUGAAAUGCUCGAUCCGAAUCGCAUAUUGAAGGGGAUCGAAGCUUCCAAGAUUCUUUUCAAGCGACCACUGCUCAUCUCUAGCGGGGACACUGCUGUCGAGACAGCAAUCCAUCUCCGACCCGCCGAAGAUCAAAGCCGAAAAUACGUGUUCCGGAUAUUCUCACAAGCGGAAGACGAGGAAUGGCAAGAGAUUUGUUCUGGUCUUGUGUCAAUACACUACACAGAUGAUCAGAAUACUGCACUGGCUAGAGACUGGCAGUCCGACGUUUCUGUCUACCCCAUGAUCCGAGAGCGGGCAUCAAAGAAACUCGCUCCUGCAUUAUUCUACAAAAUCUUCGACAAGAAAAUGAAUCUGCAAUACGGCCCACUGCACCAAAAUGUUACCGAAUGUGUUGCUGGUAUGCGAGAAGGGCAUGGAAAAAUCACGAUUCCAGACACAAAGGCGGUCAUGCCUAGCCAGUUUGAAUACCCGCAUCUUAUCCAUCCUGCGACGCUUGACUCGAUAUUUCAUAUGCAAGCGCUUGGCUAUCUUCAUACUCUGUCAGGCAAUGAGUCUCUUGUUCCGAUCUCCAUCGAGAGUGUAUACAUUUCCGCCGAUAUACCUGUGGAAGCUGGUUCUGAAUUGAAUGGUUAUGCAAAGAGCACCAAGACGGGGAGUGGCGACUUCACUGGCGAUAUUGUAUUGUCAGAUGAAGCUUGGCUCACCCCUAAAGCUGUUGUUAGAGGAUUUCUGUCUCGCGAUAUGGCAGCUACGAACACUGAUAACUUGGCAUCGAAACGUCAACCUCGGAAAUGUAUAGCUAUACAGUGGGAAGAGUUCAACCCAGUUACCGAAUCGAACGGCGAAGAAAGACAACUUGCAGAGAACAGCAGCCUUUUGGUGACAAAAGCUCCCAAAGUUCUCGUUCUCUGUGGACCACAUUCAACCUUUGCACUCCGAUCUCUUGUUGAUAAGUUGACUAAAGCCCUUGCAGGGUGUAAUUGCACGGUGCGGGUUACAACAAGCUCGGAACUCAGAAGUGAAGGGCAAUCAAAUUUGGCAGAUACUUUAAUCAUUUCUCUGGUUGAAGUGAAUGAGCCGUUCGUGGCCGGAUGGACCGAAUCGGAUCUAGCAUGGUUCAAAGACCUUACAGCCCAAACGUCUGCUCUGUUGUGGGUGACAUGUGGUGGAGAAUACGACAGAGAAGAGAGUCUUGGGUUCAGUAUCACGACAGGAUUAUUGCGCACACUUCGAGUUGAGAUGCCUCAAUUGAGACUGCCUCACCUCGACUUAUCUCGGACUGCAGAUCUUGCACAAGAAGAAAACAUCAACAGUAUUCUCGUCGCAUUUGAGCACGGAAUUCUGUCUGACCAGGCUACAUACGAGCAAGAGUUCAUGGUUCGUGACAACAAGAUACUGGUUCCUCGCUUGAAGAUGCAGGAAUCAUUCCACCAAGAACUUUCGAGCCAAAUUGUCCAGCCCGAACCUCGAGCAAUGCGUCUUGCUGAUCAGAAUCAGGCUAUGGAAGCUGCCAUUCUGCAAGACACGAAAGGCAUUGUUUGGCAAUACGCUGAAACAAUUGCCUGCCUUAGUGAAUAUGAUCUCGAGAUUUCAGUCUCGGCAGUCAAUCUCGAGGUCAUGGAUGUUGAGGAGGCAGUCGUUCCUGGACUCGACGCAGUUGGCGUUGUGACGAAGACCGGAUCAGCCAUCUAUAACUUCGUACCCGGAGACAUUGUCGUGGUGUGCGCUUCCAAUACUUUGAAAACAUCAAUCAUCAUUGAUCAAAGUCUGGUCAGGCAUGUUCCUUCCUUCAUCGACUCAAGUUCCCUGGUUACGCUGCCAUCUGCACUUUGCACUGCGCAAGCUGCUUUGUUGGAUCUCGGUCGCCUCCAACCAGGGGAACUUGUUGUCUUCUACACGAACCCAGGAAACAUCGAGCAAGCGUUGAUUUCCCUUGCUACGCAAAUUGGCGCAGAGGUGUUCGCUGUUGCUCGUGAUCCAAAGCAUGAGUGCAUACUGGUAGAAAACCUUGGAUUAGAUGAGGAUCACGUUGCGACUUCAACUACUUUCGAUGGGCUAGCUGCCGCAAAAACCAUGAUGAAAGGCAAAACUGUGGGCUUGAUUGUGACUACGUUCACUGGAGAACACGUUCAAGAGGCAAUGGGAAUGUUGACUGAUUUUGGCCGCUUUGUGAGUGUCGGUAAAGGGACUUUAAUGGGAUCCACGCCCUCACCGAGCAACAUCACAGUCGCCAAUUUUGACCUUGAGCGUAUGAGAAACACCUCUCCUACCAAAGUUGCUUGUCUGUUCGAGAAAAGCUGGGCACGAGCCGCCAAGUAUGGUCUUCCUCGAGCAGCACCUAUCCGCUCAUUUCAGCUACCCAGCAUAGAUGCAGCACUGGCAUAUCUGAGAAGUGACCGCUGUUUUGGAAGCGCCGUCUUGAAGCUUUCUCCUGAUCACGAGAUCAUGAUUCCUCCUCCGCCACCAGUCAAGCUCAGGCUUGAUCCUACUGCGACAUAUGUCCUUGCUGGAGGACUUGGCGGGAUUGGAAGAUCAAUAGCUGAUAUGAUGUUUGAGGCCGGAGCUCGCAACAUCACCUUCAUAUCACGAUCUGGUGCUAAGUCUGAAGAUGCUGUCCAUUUUCUUAGCAGCCUCUCAGUGAGAGGAUGCAAUGCGCAAGCAUUUCAAUGCGAUAUCUCAAACGAGGCUCAAGUUCAGUCCUUUGUAAGAAUGUGUCAUGAGCAAGGGCAGAAGAUCAAAGGUGUUGUUCAAUGUGCUAUGCUCUUGAGAGAUUCGAUGUUCGAGAACAUGUCUUUUCAGCAGUGGUCUCAAGCGACUGAACCAAAAGUUCAAGGCAGCUGGAAUUUGCACAAAUGUAUGCCGGCCGACCUUGACUUCUUCAUCAUGCUCUCAUCAAUGGCGGGUGUUAUUGGAAAUCCUGGGCAGGCGAAUUACUCUGCUGCCGGGACCUAUCAAGAUGCCUUAUCGCAACAUCGACGUUCGAUGGGCAUUGCAUCAAUGACUAUCGACUUGGGUAUCGUGUCAGAUGUUGGUUAUAUUGCCGAAAACCUCGAGCAAUUCGAAAGGCUGGAUUACUUGGAGAACUUAUUCAUAUCUGAACGUGAUCUGCACGUGAUAAUGGCAGCAGCGAUGCUUGGGCAGACUCGGGACGGCUUGCCGGUACCCGCACAACUUGUCACUGGUGUUGGCAAGGAGCUGCUUGCCGAAGGUAGUCUGGGGAGUGCUAUGUCCAGCGACUUGAAGUACACUGAAUUACACAACUUACUUAAAGUCGGAAGUGGGACCUCGGACUCUUCAGAAGAUGCGCUGAUAAAAGAGAAUCUGAAAUCAGCGACAUCUGUAAGGGAUGCUUGUACCAUCGUGGAGGGUGUCUUGUCUUCACAAUUAGCAAAAGCGCUGAAUAUGGAUGCUGCGGACGUGGAUCUUGAGAAACCGAUGCAUGCCUUUGGAGUUGAUUCGUUAGUUGCAGUCGAAGUUAAGAACAUGAUCUUCCGUCGCAUGAACGCCGACAUUUCCGUUUUCGAUAUCUUGAGUACCAUGCCACUUGCGAGACUUGCCCUUAAGGUGGCCAGCAAGUCAAAGUUUGUGAGAGAAGACGUUGCUUUGUUGGCUCACGAUGAAGUUAUUGAGUAAAUGGAGUUUGGUCACUUUUAUUUUUAUUUCGACAAUGUGCCGUUGUGUCACGUCAUAGCUAUAACCGCUGUUAAUUUAGUCGUAGAAUAUAUAAUCAUUCACCACUUUGGAUCGUCA